AUCUUUUGAGGAAGUCCUCUAACAAGGAAUUACUAGAACUGUUGUUAAACAUUAAAGCUCUGCUAACAUUCCACAUCAGGGCAGGGCAAGUUGUUUGAGUUUAUGACUAGAGAUUAACUGUAAACCCAGAAUGAGCAGUAAAAUACUUGGCAGUUUUUUUACUUUUCUUGCGGCCUGUCUGGUUGUUACAGAAGGUAUGAGCCUGCGAGGGGCGGGAGUGGAGCCUCGCUGUCGCUGCAUCGGGACAGAGAGCCGGCGGAUUGGGAAACUGAUUUCAAGAGUAGAACUGUUCUCCCCAAACCCUCACUGCAAAGACACAGAGAUCAUUGCCACAUUGAAAGAUAGUGGUGAGGAGAUUUGCUUGGACUCCAGUGCUCCCUGGGUUAGAAAAGUCAUUGACAAAAUCUUGUCUAGGUAAGUUGAGAGCAAACCACGAUUUGAGCGAUAAUUGAUGUUAUGUCUGUCAGACGAUAAUAGCUGCAUUCUAUUUAUGCUACAUCUGAAGUUGCUGCAUUUGAAAGUUUUUGCUUUGCUUUUCUUUUUCCUCA